AUUCGCAAUUAGACCUUUGGUAUUUAUUCAAGAAAGGAAUUUCCCUUUCUGAUGAUAUACUUUAGAGGAGCAUAUUGUUUAGAAUAACAUGGACAGUGGUGCACUGAGUAAUGAUGGGGAUUCAUUUCUGUAUUUUGGGUUUGCCAGCAACCUGCUGAGAGCCCGUAUACACAUUGGUACCCCAACCGCGGAGCUAGUUGGUCCAGCUAAACUAGAGGGUUACAGACUUUGUUUUCAAGUGUACCCCGGAUGGAGUGUAAAAGAAAGUCUAUGGAACGGAGCCCCUGCCUCUAUUAUAGAGAGUCCUCAAGGUCACGUCUGGGGAGCAGUAUGGCGUCUCCACAAAUCAGAUCUGGCUAAUCUAGAUCCGCCGGAAUCUAGCUAUAAAGCAUUUGACGUCACGGUGACGUCACCAGAGGGUAUGGAAUACGUUUGUCGCACCUAUCAGAUGAUGAAUGGCCAAGAGGAAGAACUUCCAUCACCAUACUACAUGAAGGUCAUCACAGAGGGCGCCGUAGAGUCUGGCCUUCCAAAAACCUACGUCGAGUUCUUAAGGUCAAUCAAGCACAAUGGACAGACUAACCCACCAGAUAUCAUGAAUGAAAUAUUCAAAUGAUCAAUUACUUAAUUUUAUCUAUUCUAUUAAAAAUCGAGCAUCGUGAACUGAAGCCCCGAAUCUGCAACAUAUCAGUUUCUAUAUGUCGUAUAUACCAGCAGGUAGGCCUACUAUAGGUUUGAAGACAGACACUUUCCUCAUUAUUUUGUAAUUCACUCUUUCUUGUACUUCUCUUAGUUCUCUUUACUUUUAUGUUUUGCUCUUAUAUAAGCGCCUUGAGCAUUUAAUCAAAAUGGAAAAGACGCUAUAUAAAUCAUAUGUAUUAUUAUUAUUAUAAUUAUAUACUGUAAAAAUGAUAUGUACUUAAGAAAACAAUGUUUGAUGCAUGAAGGUCAUCUGUAUCUACGAAUGCAAAAAAUUAGUUGUGAAAUUUUACUCCGAUCCCAUCGACCAGUUGCUGUAGAUCAAGGUGAAAAUACACUAUUGAAAAUGACCCCAAAAAAAAUCCACAAAAAAUGUGUGCUUCGAAAUAGCUAGACUUUAUGUAUAUUCAUACCGGUCCAUUAAUCCAUUUUAAUAUCAUUCUAAUCAAUACAGAAAUUCUCAAGCAGAUUAUUAUAAUAAAUUUGGCCAUCUGGAUCCAUGAUUCUCAAGCAAGACAUAAAGCGUUUAACCCUCCAAUCUAGGAUGCUUCCAAAGAGUUCUCUAAGUUAUUGGCGGGACGAAUCGUACGUGAAAAGUUCCUUUGUAUGCUUGAAAAUCGUAAGUCUAGAUGACCAGACAUAAUUCCAGAGUAUGAUUGAGUAUUUUCGUGGAUGAAUUAUAAUUUACAACAGCUUUACAGAAAACUAGAUGAUCACGUUGAAUCCAUUCAAAUUGUGUCCUUUUAAAAAAAGAAGAAAAAUUAAUAUGUGUGAUAAAGGCUAUCAAUGUAAUACUCAUUCUGACUAAUUCAGAUAAAAAAUAUAUCACCAGCUAUAAAUUGCAACUUUAAAGGUAUGCAAUACCGAUUAAAUUUAUUUUGCGAAUGGUUAUUUUAUGUUAGCGGAUUUUUAUAAAAGGAAUUUAGUAGUGGCUUCAUUGCUUUUCUUAUCACAUUUUUCAAUAGAUAUUCUUGUAGAUGAAUUAAAUAUUUUAUUUGAGACAUAAAAAAGUAUUUUUCUAUUUUCGUGUUACUGUGUUUUCUGCAUGUAGUUGACACUAGACUGACCUUAACAACAUUGUUAGUCGCUUCUAUUACAUAAAACGAUUUUUCUUGAAUAGAAGAGAUAUAGCAAGGGAGUAGGCUGGGGUGCGCUGGGUGCACGUGUACCCUCCCGCUGAGGCAGAGGAGUUCCGACACUGGUAUAAGCAAAAACGUAAUUUGUUACCCCUUCUUCUGCUUUCAACAGCUAAUUUUCCCAACUUUAGUGCCACCUCCCCAUGAUUUGCACCUCCCCGUGCUCAAACCAGCCUACACCCUUGUAUCGGGGUCAAGGGCGUCGAUCCAUUUUUCAGAUUGGGGGGGGGGGCAAAAUCAUGAAGCAACGUUCCAAAGGCGCUCGAUAUAUAUAUAUCGUAUAUAUCGAUAUAUAUUUAUUGUAUCCCUGAGGAAGACGUAUGUUUAACGUCGAAAAUUUGGAAUUCAAAAUAAACUGUUGGAAC